AUGUCUGUUGUAAUUGAAACAACUUUAGGAGAUGUAACUGUAGAUCUUUUUACAGAAGAAAGACCUCAAACUUGCCUGAAUUUUUUGAAAUUAUGUAAAAUAAAAUAUUAUAAUCUUUGCCUGUUUCACUCAGUCAGUUCAAACUUUUUAGCCCAAACAGGAGAUCCUACAGGUAAAGGAGAUGGAGGAGAAUCCAUAUUUGGUUUAAUUAAAGGAAAACAACAUAGAUUGUAUUUAGGAGAAAAAUUACCAAAAAUAAAACAUGAUAGAACAGGACUUUUAUCGAUGGUAUCUCAUGGAGAUGGAAUGCUUGGUUCUCAAUUUCUUAUUACACUAACAGGGAAUUUAACUUCUUUGGAUCAAGAGCACUGUGUGUUUGGACACAUUGUUGAAGGAGUUGAUUUAUUAUUAAAAUUAAAUGAAGCAAUAACUGAUGAUCAAUACAGACCUUAUCAAGAUAUCAGAAUAACUCACACAGUGAUUUUAGAUGAUCCAUUUCCAGAUCCAGAAGGAUUACAAGUUCCAAUUUUGUCUCCAAAACCUCCAAAUCCAAAAGAUAUUGCUUAUUCUCGUAUUCCAGCUGAUGAACCUUUGACAGAAAAGUAUAGUCAGGAAGAACUAGAUGAAAUGGUUCAACAAAGAGAAGCUGCUGCUAGAGCUGCUAUUCUUGAAAUGGUUGGGGAUAUACCUGAUGCAGAUAUAGCUCCACCAGAAAAUGUACUUUUUGUUUGUAAACUAAAUCCAGUCACUUCUGAUCAUGAUUUGUCAUUAAUAUUUUCGCGUUUUGGAACUGUAAAAAGCUGUGAAGUAAUUAGAGAUCAAAUCACUGGGGAUUCUUUACAAUAUGCAUUUAUAGAAUUUGAAAAUAGAAAAGCUUGUGAAGAAGCUUAUUUUAAAAUGGACAAUGUUUUGAUAGAUGAUAGAAGAAUUCAUGUAGAUUUUAGCCAAUCUGUAGCCAAAUUAAGGUGGAAGGGAAAAGGAAAAGGAGUAGAACAUUUGGGACCUCCUCCACCCGGAGGAUGGGGAAACAAAAACAACGAAAAAUAUAAACAUAAUACGUCAGAUAUCAGAAAAAGAAAUAAAGUACUCGAUCAGAGACGAGACAAAACCAAAAAUUUUACUCAUAAUGGACGAAAUUUUAGAUUAGAUAAUGACAAGAAUUUAAGUUAUCGAAAAGUUAAAAUUAAAGAAAAAAAAUAUGGGAAAAAAAAUGAUGGGAGGCAAAAAAAAUGUAGUACAAGUUUUUCAUCUAGUAAUAGUUUAAGUUCGUCUUCUGAUUCUUCAUCUGUUUCUAGCAAUUCUUCUGCUGUAAAGAAAAAAAAAAAACACAAAAGCAGACGAAAAGUUCUUGUUGUAGUUAAAACUCCUCGAAGCAGGUCUCACAAGAAGUAUAGGAAAUUUUCAGGGAAGUACAGAAGUCGUAAUAAUGAAUCGGAAAGUGGGAGCGAAAGUAAUUAUUCGCUUAAAAAAAAUAAAAAAAAAAGAAGUCGAAAAUAUUCUAUAAGUAGCGAUUCCAGUUCAGAAGAACUAGAAAGAAAAAAAAGAAAGAAAAAAAUUGUACAAUCGUCUGAUGAAGAGAGAAAAAUAAAGAGAAGGAAAAAAAAAAAUCGAAACAGUACUGAAAGUUCUAGUUCCUAUGAAGUAAUUAAUAGUAGAAGUAAAAUUAGAAAAAGAAAAGAAAGUUAUUCAACUAGUGAUUCAGAAAAAAUUAAAAUUAAAAAACGUAAAAGAAAUAAAUUGAAAUUAAAAAAGAAAAGACAAAGUAAAAGGUUUAAAAAGAAGCAUUACAGCACGGAAAAUUCAUCGAGUAGCGAAUAG